GAAAACUGUGUCCGUUUAUAUUUUUGAUGAGCACCUGAUGAAUAAUUAUCAGUAAUUACAAGAUAAAUAUAAAAAAAAAUGGUUUUGGCUAAAAAUCAUAAGCGUUACUUAAAGUAAUAUGUAUUUUGUCAAAAUACUAUCAAAUGAUGUUGAACUUAAAAAUAUCAAUUUUGGGAUUUAUUAUUCAAAUAUCUUUAUUAGUUUCAAUAUUCGAUAUAUAUUUCAAGUCACCAAUUAUAAAUGGUAUACCUGAUCAAUAUGUUUUGUAUGAACCGCCUGCUGAUCGUUUAGUACUUUUUAUUGCUGAUGGUUUGAGAGCUGACACAUUUUAUGAUCAUGUCGAAAAUGGACAUAGCACAUUUUUUAAAAAUAUAUUUCAUGUUGGUGCUUCUUAUGGAUUUUGUCACACUAGGGUACCUACUGAAUCUCGUCCAGGUCACAUUGCCCUUAUUGCAGGAUUUUAUGAAGAUCCAUCUGCUAUUUUUAAAAAAUUUAAUCAAUUUCAGGGUUGGAAAGAGAACAUAGUUAAUUUUGAUUCUGUUUUUAAUAAAAGUGAUUUAACAAUUUCAUGGGGUAGUCCUGAUAUAGUUUCAAUUUUUCAAAAAGGAUCAAAUGUAGGAAAUGUUAUAACUUAUUAUUAUGAACCUAAUUUACAAGAUUUCACUGGAAAAAAUGGUUCUAGUGCUUUACUUUCUAAAUGGGUUUUUGAUAAAGUAAAAUUAUAUUUUGAAACUUCUAAAGUGAAUCAUUCAAUACAUAAUAUGCUUAAGAAAAGAAAAUUGAUUUUAUUUCUACACUUAUUGGGCACUGAUAUUUCAGGACAUAUAGAUAAACCACAUUCUAAGGAAUAUUUAGAAAAUUUAAAAGUUAUAGAAAAUGGUAUAAAAGACACAGUAGAUAUAUUAGAAACUUUCUAUAAUGAUAAUCGUACAGCAUAUAUUUUUACUUCUGAUCAUGGAAUGACUGAUUGGGGUUCACAUGGAGAUGGAUCAAUUAGUGAAACUGAAGUGCCAUUUGUUACUUGGGGAGCAGGAUUGUCUAAAGUUUCCAAUCAAAUUAAUUCGUUAAAACUAAAUAUUAAACAAAUUGAUAUUGCCCCAUUGAUGGCUACCAUAAUUGGAGUUCCUAUUCCAGUGAAUUCAGUGGGUGUUUUACCUCUAGAAUUAUUUUCAACUGAUAUAAAUGAAAAAGCAAAAUAUUUGUUAGUCAAUGCUUUUCAGUUAAAUGCAGCUUUUUCAACUAUACGUGAACAAAUUGAAAAACAAUCUUUUCAAUGGUUUUAUGUUCCAUUUAAACCUCUUCACCAAAAAAUUCAAAAAAAUUAUCUUGAUGAAAUUACUGUGCUUUUAAAUGAAUCAAAAUUUGAUGAUUGUAUAAAGUUAUGUUAUGAAUGGAUAGAUCUUAGCUUAAAUGGCAUUGAUUACUAUAAUACAUACUUCAAGCUACCACUUCUUUUAUGUGUAACCUUAAUUAGUUUUGGCUGGAUUACUUUACUUAUAAUAGAAACUAUUAACACACGUUCAUACAGAAAUAAAAAUAAUACAACUAUAAUAAUAGUUAGUCUAUCAUUUCUUUUAAUGGCUAUACUGUGUACCAUAUUUAUUUAUGCUCAAUCUCUGCCUUUGCAAUUUUAUGUUUAUUCAUUUUUGCCAUUAAUUGUAUGGUGGAUAUGUAUUUUUAAACUUUUGAGAAAAAUUAGUUUAGUAAAACUUUCAAAACUUAUAUUUGAAAUUGAUAAAAACAUAUUUGUUGAAAUGUUAUUAUAUUUUAUUGGAAUUGAAUUAUUGGUAUGGACCUUCUUUGAACGAUGUUUAUUAAGCUUAGCAUUAUUGAUUAAUUCCUUAUGGAUGACAUAUAGCUCAUUUAAAUAUGGAUUUUCUCUGGAUAAAAUAGUAAUCAUUUUUCUUUCAUCAGCAUGGUUUUCAAGUUUUCCUAUGAUUUUGGUGAUUGAUGGACAUAAAAACAUUAUGAAUGUUAUAUUAGGUGGAGUUGUUUGGUUAUUGGCUGGCUUAAUGCAUGCAAAAAACAAAAGAGGAUUAUAUAAAAUGUUUGCUUUUACUCAAGUUGCUCUACUAGGGAUUGCCAUACUAAAUGUCUCGAUAGUCUCAAAUAGUAUAGAUAAUAAAUUGGGAUUAAACUUUUACAAUCAAAUUUUAUCUUGGGCAAUAUCAAUUGUAGCAGUAUGUAUCUAUAGAAAAUCACAAGAUUUAAUAAAUAAUGUUACAUCUUUAUUCAUCUCAUUAAGUGUAACUUAUAUUCAGUUGUCAAUAAAUAUGGAAGUAGUUUUUAUAUUAGUAUUAACUGUUACUUUAGCAUGUUGGAGAAAAAUUAUAUUAAGAUCAAAUAACUCAACAAAUUCUCUGAGAACUCAAUGGAGUUGUGCAUUUUUCUUUCUGUUGUUUAGUUUUGGAUCUUUUUUUGGUACUGGUAAUAUAGCAUCCAUUAAUUCAUUUGAUCCAUCAAUUGGACAGUGUUUUGUUUCAGUAUUUUCACCAUUUACUAUAUUUGGGUUAGUUCUGUUUAAAAUUAUAGUACCAAUUAUGUUGACUUGUUGUACAUUUUACAUAACUUGUGUCAAAUUAAAGAUACCACCUUCAAACGUAUUUUCUUUGAUGUUGGCUUUGUCAAAUGUUAUGGGUCUUCACUUUUUAUUUUUCAUUAAAAAUACUGGUAGUUGGCUGGAUAUUGGAAUGUCAAUAUCACACUACGUAAUUGUUCAAUCAUUAGCUAUAUUCUUGUCGCUGUUGUAUGGGCUUGCAGCAUUAUUGAUAGGAGUAAAUAAAAAUUAUAAAGGUCAAGAUGAAUUUCAAUUAUUACCAGUUGGUAAAAAUCAUAAUGCAUAAAUAAAAAAUUAUUUCUUAAACAUCUAUUGUAUUGUGUAAUAUGUAAAAUGUAUAUUUUUUAAAAAGAAACUUACAAUUAUACCCAUUUGUAAAAUAAUUUAAGAAUAAAUUAUGCUGUAUUAUUUUUAUAUAAA